AUGCUGAAAGCAUUCAAAAUCAAGGAAUUCGACCUAGAGCCUAUCUACGCACAGUGGACCGAUGGGCCGGUUUUUACGGGAAACCCGAAGAAGGAUAUGCCGGUUGAGGAGUGGCUGGAGAAAAUCAAGGAGGGAUGUAUAGCGCGCGGCGUGCCGGAGGAAUACUGGUACAAAGUUGCACAACAUUUCAUGGGACCAAAGGCUAAAGCUCGUCUGGACGAGUUGAAGCAAGUCAUUGUAAAAGUUAAUGGAGGAAAGUACCGCUGGACUUGGAAAAAAUUCAAGAUCGCAGUGGUGAACUUGGGCUGGUCCAUCGACAAAGACGCCAAAGAAACCAUUAAAGUCCAACAAAAGGGCACGUCGUUGUGGUUCUUCAAGAAAAAAGAUACGACGGCCGUUGAGGCGCCAUCAGAGGCUGAAGAAGGGCCUGAAUGCCCUACACGAUCGACGUCAUCGACGUCAUCGAAUUCAACGUGGUUCUCAAAGAAAACUAUUGUGGAGGAGCCGGAAGAGAUCGAAACGCCGGGGGUUGCUGCAGCAGCGCAGCCCAAGUUAUCACGGGCCGCGACUUUCACCGGAUUUUGGCCAACACGCAUGAACACGAAGGAUGAAAAGGAGCUUCCAGCGAGACCACCGAACACACCAAACACCAAGGCCAAGUCCGACACGAUGAUCGUGGCCUCCAAAGGUGGCAGUAAACAGGAUGCUGUUGCGCCUCGUUCCCAAACAGACGGUGGUGAAGCCACGACUCAGGUGCCUGUGUGGCUCCUCAACGCGUGUAACGCCCUCGAGUUUAUCACCAGCGAGCAUCCGAAAGCAAUGAGUAUCAUAAGCGCAAUCCUUAUCACGGCAGGAUCGAUUCCAACGAUUCCAGCCAUCGCAGCUGGGGCAGGAGGUGCUGUAUUGGCCUCGGGUGCCGCACAUGCUAUUGGUGCAAUUGCAGUGGGUGUUGGUCAGGCGCUGAAUGCAGGUGUUCAGCACGGACAGAAGAAGCAGGAGGGACAGGGUGCUGGGUCAUCCCAUUGA